UGCAGUACCUCCUGCGCUUAUUAGUUGCCAUGUUGCUGGGUCUGUAGGGUGUGUUACGCCUUUUAUUGCAAUCCUUACCGAUUAUGACCGGCAAACUUGAACACUCGUCAGCGGGAAGUGCAAUCGGCUGCGUUGGUGUUUGUACGAUUUGAGUUCAGUGUCGAUCGGGGUGUUCGUUCGUGCCGUUUAACACACGUGGAUGCGGAUAGCUACCAUAGGAGAGGUGAAUGCUCUGAAUACAUGUGCGCCCGAGAACAGUUCAAGUAAAUUGAGUGAUUUAGUUUCUAGGGGCUCUGUACAGUGUUCGUUCAGUUUAGUUCGAAAGACAACGUGGUGUACACGCACAUUUGUUAUUGUUUUGCCUGGUGCUUUUGACCCUUCUAUAUCGAAGUAGUGCCGUGCCGUCGUUUAGCCGCGCGAGAUCAGUCCAUUUCUCGCGACUGGGGGGAGUGAGGUUGUAGUACCCGUCGUUCUUUCACAGUGUUUUGCCGUGGUCGGUGUGUUUACUUCUUCACGUCCACGAUGAGGAUAUCAUGCCGCGUACGGGGGAUGUCCAGAAGGAGCUGCGACAUGUCGAAUGGCAGCUGUUGAGGCGGCGGAGGAUAUGUUGUGUUUUGAGUGACUGCUUGUUGUCUCUCCGUCUUCGUCUAGCUCGGGGCGGAAGUGCCUGUGUCUGUGAAGGCAUCAGCAUCUCCGUUGGCCUUGGUAAGCGGGAGGUUAGUGGCCUUAAGCACGCGGGAUUGUUUACCCAGUGACAGCAUGGCGGACGGUAGGCGGCUGCUGUGAAGGCGACUGGGCUGUCGAAUCGGCGGCCGCGGGUGGCUAUCCGAAACAAAACCACCGGCUUAUGGUGUCCCCGCACCCCAUGGCGUGGCAUAAGCACGACCAUCUCAUGCUCAUGGAUAAAAACAAACCUAAAAUGCCAGUGGCGACCGGCGGCGGUGGGGACGGCACCACGUUGACCCACCAGCGGCGGCACGUGCCCCUCUAUGGACGGCUGGUGUCCGAUGACAGCCUGGGCGCAGUGCCGCCCUCGGCCAUCUCCAAUUCCUCCUCGACGGACAUCCAGGCCAUGCAGGCCAGGAUACCGCCCACCUUCAGGGACUCGGCGUCGGCGCCUCUACGGAAGCUCAGCGUCGACCUCAUCAAGACCUACAAGCAUAUUAACGAGGUAUAUUAUGCCAAAAAGAAGCGGCGGGCGGCCCAGAUCCAAGGGGAGGACAGCUCGCACAAGAAGGAGCGCAAAAUCUACAACGACGGCUUCGACGACGACAACCACGACUACAUCGUGAAGAACGGCGAGAAGUUCCUGGAGCGUUACGAGAUAGACUCCCUCAUAGGCAAAGGCUCGUUCGGGCAGGUGGUGAAGGCGUUCGAUCACUCGGAACAGUGCCACGUCGCCAUCAAGAUCAUCAAGAACAAGAAGCCCUUCCUCAAUCAGGCCCAGAUCGAGGUCAAGCUGCUGGAAAUGAUGAACAGGGCCGAUAUAGAGAAUAAGUAUUAUAUAGUUAAAUUAAAGAGGCAUUUCAUGUGGAGGAACCACCUCUGCCUGGUAUUCGAACUUCUCUCCUACAACCUGUACGAUCUCCUCCGGAACACCAACUUCCGGGGGGUUUCGCUGAAUCUCACCAGGAAGUUCGCUCAGCAGCUGUGCACGGCCCUGCUUUUCCUCUCCACGCCCGAACUGAACAUCAUCCACUGCGACCUGAAGCCCGAAAACAUCCUGCUGUGCAAUCCGAAGAGGUCGGCGAUCAAGAUCGUCGAUUUCGGCAGUUCCUGCCAGUUAGGACAAAGGAUAUAUCAGUACAUCCAGUCGAGGUUCUACAGAUCGCCGGAGGUGCUUCUAGGCAUACCCUACGACCUGGCCAUCGACAUGUGGUCCCUGGGUUGUAUCCUGGUAGAGAUGCAUACGGGCGAGCCGUUAUUUAGCGGCGCCAACGAAAUCGACCAGAUGAACAAGAUCGUGGAGGUGCUGGGCAUGCCGCCGAAGCACCUGCUCGAGCAGGCGAACAAGACCAGGAAGUUCUUCGAGAAGCUUCCCGGGGACCGAAGGUACAUCCUGAAGAAACCGAAAGACGGCAAGAAAUACAAGCUGCCGGGCACCCGGAGGCUCCACGAGAUCCUAGGUGUGGAGACGGGCGGGCCGGGCGGCCGACGGGCCGGCGAAGCCGGCCAUUCCAUGUCCGACUAUCUGAAGUUCAAGGAUUUGAUCCUGCGCAUGCUCGAUUACGACCCCAAAACAAGGAUCACGCCCUACUACGCCCUGCAGCACAACUUCUUCAAGAGGACGUCGGACGAGAGCACCAACACGGCCAACAGCACGAGUUCGAGCCCCGCCGUGGCCUCCUUGGAUAUGGCUUUGACCAAUAGUUCGAGUAGUCAGCAUGGGUUAAAUUUAGUCGGCCGAUCAAGAGACCUAUCCGGACACGCCUACCAGCCCUCGAGUUUCACGGCCAUGGAAUGCGACCCCUCCCCCUCGCGCCACACCCACCGGCAGCGGUACCAGGGCUCCCUGCUGAACCACGGACCCACGUCUCUCCAGUACGCACCCUAUUCGGGCUCGAUGAUGGACAGCACCCCCCCGAAGCACAAUCAGGCGUCGAACGGCCCUCCAAACAAGCCUACGGACAGAGACGAUAGUCCCAUGGUCGGGGUUUGCGUGCAACAGAGCCCCGUGGCAAUACACUAAGACUUCUAGGUUAGUUUUGUAAAUUAAUGCUGUUAUCACUCGAGUGAAUAGAAAUAUGUGAUUUGUGAUUUGCCGGGGCAGGGGAUCCCGCUUCUGAUGAUGUGGGGGCGGGAAUCCCGCUUCUGACGAGUGGCGGCAUCGGUGACGGAACGCCGUCAGAUGGCGAAGCGGCGGUACAACAGACUUUGAGCUGGGCAGCUCUGUUGUGGUGCCCCCCCCCCCCCCGAUCAGAGACAUUCUGGUGCAACUCCGAAUGUUUUAAUUAUCAAUAAAUUUUAUUACAUCAGAUAAGUUAACUAAAUAAAAGUAAUUUAUGACUAGUAUUUAAAUAUAUUGAUGAGUAAUAUAGUAACCACAUAAUGUAUACAUGUUUCCUAUGAUUUGCCGUUAACUGUGUGACAGUUGGCUCUGGUUUCUCAAGAUACAUGUUUUUUUUUCAACGAGACGCCUUCCCGGGAACGCCCUUAUCCCGAUCCUCGUCGACCGUCGAAAAUUCGUCACUUUAGGUUAGUAGGCUUUGUAAAAAUUCGUUUUUGAGUCGGCAUCGUGGCGGUAGGGCUGGUGUUAAUUUUAAGGAAGAGUAGCACCCCGAACCAGAUCCAAUGCGAAUAUUUAGUCACGUUUUGGAUGUAAAAAUAGUUCGAUCCUUACAUUCGGCUUUCUUAGGGAUAGGCGCUAUCCUGGCCGGGAAUAGAGACGAGGCGGGGGUAAUGGCGUCAUGGUGAGAGACAAUUAUGGCCGCGCUCUCCGAAGAUCGUGUUCUGUUCGCGGUUUCCGUCGGUCUAGCAAAUAUUUUGGAAUAUUACGCGGUGGAAGUGGAACGGAACCUGAUUUAUUGAAAGUCGCGGUGUCAGUUUCGCAAGAUAUCGGUUCGCUCUCGGUACGUUCGUUAGCAGGAACUUUUUUUUUGGUGAAUGAAAAUUUCUUCACUAUGAAAUUCACAUUAAAGUUUAUGAAUAUCGUGUAGAGUUCAUCCGAAGGCCUAUUCAAGUUUGAAACAACUACUGGAAUAUAUUUUUAUUUUUUAGGAAGGUCGUUAUUUUAUUUAUUUUUUUUUAGAAACUUUUUCUUAUGAACUCCUAUGACAAAAUUAACGCUUUGCAAUAAAGGGUCCAAUUUCAAAGUUAAUGUUGUCGUGAACUUUAUUUGUUACGUUUAAUAACAACACAAGGUAGAAAUUUUUCAAAAUUUGGAAAUGAAAUUGAUAAUUUUGAGUUCAAUUUUGACUUUGAACAAGAAAUUUCCAGUUUGAAUAUGAAAUUUUGAGUUCAACACAAAAUUUUAAGUUUCAAUUUGAUAAUCCGUAGUAGAACUUAAAUGUCGAGUUUGAACGCUUAGCUAAAAAAAAUACGCAACUCAAAUUUCAAGCUUCGAUUAAAAAUUUCGAGUUUAAAUUGAAAAUUUUGAGCCCGACUCUAACUUCGAUCAUAUAUUUAAAGUUUCAUUGAGAAACUGAAUUUAGAAUUGGGAAUAUUGAGUUCACAUCCAAAAUUUCAAGUUCAAACUUGAAUUAUUAAGCAAAAGUUCGAAGUUUCAGGGUUAAACUCGAAAUUUUGAGUUCAAAUUCGUAAUAUAGAGUUCAAGUUCGAAAUUUGGGAUUGAAUUUUAACAUUGAACAUGAAAUUUCCAGUUUGAAUGUGAAAUUUCCAGUUUCAUUGAGAAACUUUGAACAUGGAAUUGGCAAAUUUCAAGGUCGUACUUGAAUCAUUGACCAAAAUUCCGAAAUUUCAAGGUUAAACUCGAAAUUUUGAGUUGAAACUCGUAAUUUCAAGUUCAAAUUCGAAAUUUUAAGUUAAAUGUUAAGUUUGAUGCAAAUUACUAGUUAAAUGUUAAACGUUAAAAGUUCAAGGUCAAGUUCGAAAUUGGGAGUUGAAAUUCCAAAUUUUCAGUUGAAUUUUAACUUUGAACACGAAAUUUCCAGUUUGAAUGUGAAAUUUCGAGUUCAGCGCAAAAUUUUAAGAUUAAAUUUUAAAUUCCAUGUUUUAGAAUUUAAACGUCGAUUUGAACGCAUACUUAAAAAAAAAUAAGUAACUCCAAUUUCAAGCUUAGAUUAGAAAUUUUGAGUUUAAAUUCAAAAUUUUGAUCCCAACUGUAACUUCAAACACAAAAUUGAGAGUUUCAUUGAGAAACUUUGAACUUGGAAUUGGCAAUAUUGAGUUAAAACCCAAAAUUUGAAGUUCAAACUUGAAUUAUUGAACAAAAAUUCGAAAUUCCAAGGUUAAACUCGAAAUUUUGAAUUCAGGUUUAAAAUUUGGAGUUGAAAUUCUAAAUUUUGAGUUGAAUUUUAACUUUGAACAUAAAAUUUCUAGUUCAACGCAAAAUUUUAAGAUUAAAUUUGAAAUUCCAUGUUGGAAUUUAAAUGUCGAUUUGAACGCAUACUUACAAAAAUAAAUAACUCGAAUUUCAAACUUAGAUUAGAAAUUUGGAGUUUGAAUUCAAAAUUUUGAACCCAACUCUAAUUUCGAACAUAAAAUUUAGUUUCAUUGAGAAACUGAACUUGGAACUGGGAAUAUUGAGUUCAGAUACAAAAUUUCAAGGUUAAACUCGAAAUUUUGAGUUCAAACUCGAAAUUUCCCUUUCAAAUUCAAAGGUUAGUGUUGAUUCACCUAAUUUUGGCUUUUGAACUAAAAAUUUUGCUAUUCUAAAAAAUACUAUAUUUAUGUCCUUUCUAUACUUUUGUAAGAAAUGGUAGUUUUUUAAGAAAAUUACAAUGACAAUGACAAAAUGUAAAAAAAACUUUAGAUUAGCCUUUUGUAAGAAAAUCAUUUUUGAUAUUGGGCUAAAUUUUUAGUGACGCGUUAAUUUUGUUCAAGAAUUUAUUAUAUAUAUAUUUUUUUUUCUUCAGUUUACUGCUGUUAUACUUUAUACGACGAUAAGGUGACACCGAGAGUGCCGACGUUGGCGCGCAAGCUGGCAGUCUCGUUGCAGUCAAUUCAUCCAAAUAAACAGUAUUAGUACGUACAAUGAUUUUCCGCGAAUCCGAAUACCUCAAAUUUUAAUUUAACAGUAACAUAAGAAAACGACAGUCCGAAACAAGCACGCCGCAACCACGAUAACCAGGGCCAAAAAACGAACCACUACCAGCGGUGGUGGUAAAUGUGUUCAAAACUACUAUAAAAGUUUGUAAAUGAGACGCAAAAGUUGACUUUACAGAGAUAUUUUUAAUGUUAUUAUUUCGACGACACUCUUUCCUAUCCGUAACUUGAAACAUUGUGAUGUUGGUUGUAAAGGAACUUUUGAGUUGAUUUUGUAAAUACCUUAUACCCUUAAUCACUAGAAGUCUGUAUUUAUCGGUACACUUAUUUAUUUUUCUUUACCUCAUGCGCAGUCAUCUUGACCAUUCACGGAUUAGUCGACGGGAAACAGAUGCAAUGAGACAGCAAACAGUAGAACAGUUGAUAGUGUAAAUUUUACAUACGCCAUCAUACUAUAAAUUCCUACUUGCUCUAAAUAAAUUUACAAUGGAGA